GUUUUACUGCGUUAAUGCCGUAUUGGCCGUCUCCACUACGCUUCGAGUUUUCUGGCGGCGAAGGUCAUUCGGGGCCGAUCGCGGGCAUCGGAGCGGUAAUGUCGUCGACUGUAACAGCACAUGCAUGCCAAGUCAAUGCCCAUGCAGUUGCUGGCUUCCUCAGUGGCUUGUGUGCUACAGCUGCUCUGUAUCCGCUUGAACUGGUGAAGGUGCAUACGCAGCGGCAUCACAACGGAAUGGGUCGGCCCAACUUGCGGACUAUCUUCACGGACGUUGUGCGGCGGGAAGGUCUUCGUGCGAGCCUCUAUAAGGGAUUUGGCAUCAGUCUCACCGGGGCAUCACUCGCCUGGGGUCAGUAUUUUUACGGUUAUAAUGUGUUGAAGACAGCUAAUCCCCUGAGCCUCUCGCCUGCAUGGAACCACCUCGUUAGCGCCUUUGCAGCUGGCUGUGCGGUACAAGCGUUGCUGUGUCCGCUAUGGGUCGUCAAGCUUAACGUCCAACUCGGAGUGUAUCCUGGUGGGACUGCUAGCUGCAUCCGAGCACUGUAUCGGUCAGAGGGUCUCUCUGGCUUCUACAGGGGAUUGACACCUGGGCUAUGGGGAUGCACUCAAGGUGCUAUACAAUUCAUGGUUUACGAAGCGAUGCGGUCCAAACUGAAAUUAUAUCACGGUCAAGAGCAACUGAGUCCGGCAGAUACCAUGCUCGCAACUACCAUUGCUAAGUCAGCAUCAAUGAUGAUUACGAAUCCAAUCGCCGUGUUGACGGUACGGAUGCGAGAUGCUGGAGUGAGGGGAUACAAGUACGACAAUAUUUGGAACUCCAUUCGCAGUAUACUCGCCAAGGACGGUGUAUUCGGUUUCUAUCGAGGCGUUUUCGUUUCUUUGGUCCGCGUGAUGCCGGCGCAGUGGUGUACUUUUGUGACGUAUGAAUGCGUGAAAGAUGCUAUCCUCCGUUACCAGGAGGCCAACUGCUCUAGUCACGAGCUGGAAUAAAUUGAUUUCUUGUUUCUCACUGUGCUGGUCUACCGUCUUGCUGUAUCAUAUGUUACACUGUAAGAGAAAGAGUACCAUUCAUUCAGCUCGGGUUAAGCCGAAUUUAUUCCUGGUC